AUGCAGCCGGACACAAGUCUUUGUCGAAUGCCUGUGGAGCUUACACUGGCCCCUUACUACCUAUCGGAGAGACCAGCUCUGACAAGGUUUAAGCAAGAGCCCCUCUACGGGGCUCAUGGGAAUUUAAACGGCAACGUUGACGUGCCCGUCGACGCUGCUAGCUGCACAUUGGCCCAACUCAUUGAAGACGAACAGGACAACGGUCUGUGGCCCUUGGAGCAUCCUCUUCCUCUUCCAGGAUGGGAGGAGGAGUAUAUUGCUCCCUACAGACUAAAUAACAUCAGGGAAUACGAAACGUUGGCCUGCGAAAUUGAAAUGCACCUACGCAAAGUGCUGGAAGAACACAAUUACGAUACCGUUGGCAAUUUUUUGAAACUCUACGAAAGUUACAAAAAGAGCGGCAGCGAUAACCUUCUUGAGUUCUUCCAUUUAUACUCUCCACCAAUAACAUCUGAACAUCAUACCUGCGUCGGACUGGCUUUUGAACUAUGGAAUCGUCUGAGACUCAACCUGGAUAGCAAGUAUCCAGGUAUCGGCAACCACAUUUGUGUUGUUUCCUGUGAGGAAGAAAUUGACAGCCCUAUUGUAUACACCAAUGCUUUUAAAUAUGAUCCCACUUCUUUGCCGUACAGAUUGGAAAAGGAACACGUCAUGAUGUGCUUGAAAGUUGAAUUUUCCGGAAGAACUGCAGUGAUGCUAUGCGAUCCCGGAUAUCACUCAGAGGAAGGCAACACCCGCAAAGACUACAACUACCAAUUAACACCAAACAACAAGCACUUCGUGGAAUGGAACGAAAGAACAACGAGAAACGGAAAAGUAGAUACAUUUGCAGGUAUCAUUUAUGUCGGUAGGCCUUAUUUAACAGCCGUAGAUGUUACGGAAAGGAGAAAUUUGGUCUACGGAUUUAAAAGCUUACUGUCCAGAGACCAGAAGGGUGACUUAAUUGCAGGUAUAUAUUUCAAGUUGUUGCAGAAUGGAGACGAAUUUACCAUCUUCUAUCAAAAUAUGGGCAAGCAGCGAAUAAAACUAAGGUUCUCCGAUUUUAUGAAACCGGAGAUUGACAAAGGAUUACUGGAGAAAAUCUCAAUAUGUAACGAACAGCUGAACUUACAAGAGAACAAGUUACUUAACAUCAUCCGGACGUCCGGCACAAUAUUGAGAGAUACAUCAUUCCUGUUGCAGUUAUUGGACGUGGAUCGUUGUAUCAGUAUUUUGUCGGCGAACAAUUAA